AGGAAUGUCACACACUGAAAGAUCAAGUUAUGUAAUGUGCAAUGCUUUUGUAUAUAACAUUCACAGAUAUACUCUUCACAGAACUUUUGGUAGGCACUGGUAUGGUGCAAUGGAUGAACUUUUUAUUUAUUUCAUUGUGUGCAAUAUAUUGGCGACAAUUCACUAAAGGUUAUCGCAUGCGGGGCGGACUGACCAUUUGGAAACUCGGGCACUGCCCGAGGGCCCGGGGUCAAUAUGGGGCCCCAUGAGAUGCCCCUGGUACCUUUUUCAUAGACUUUUUUGAGGUUGGGCAAGGACACAGGGGCCCCAUGAUCCCCUAUUACCCGGGAGCCCCAUGA